AUGGGUAAAUCAAGUAAGGAUAAAAGAGAUCUUUAUUAUAGAAGAGCAAAAGAAGAAGGAUGGAGGGCGAGAUCUGCAUUUAAGCUUCUUCAGUUGAACGAACAAUUUCAAUUGUUCAAAGGUGUCAAAAGAGUAGUUGACUUAUGUGCUGCACCAGGAUCGUGGUCCCAGGUAUUAUCUCGUGAAUUAUUUGAAAAUCAAAAACAAGCAGAUGCUAAGAUCGUAUCGGUCGAUUUACAACCAAUGACACCAAUAGAGGGGGUGACAACGUUACAGGCAGAUAUAACUCAUCCGAAGACCUUACAAAAAAUUCUUGAGAUUUUUGGAGGAGAACCUGCAGAUUUUGUUUGCAGUGAUGGGGCACCCGACGUUACUGGUUUACACGAUUUGGAUGAGUACAUUCAGGCUCAGUUGAUCUUGUCAGCGUUACAAUUAACUACGUGUAUUUUGAAACCGGGUGGAGCUUUUGUUGCGAAAAUUUUCAGAGGAAGAGACAUUGACUUAUUGUAUAGCCAGUUGAGUUACUUAUUUGAAAGAGUCAUCUGUGCCAAACCAAGAUCUUCUAGGGGUACCUCAUUGGAAGCUUUCAUUGUAUGUUUAGGAUACAAACCAAGAGAAGGCUGGAAUCCAAUUUUAGACUUGACAAAGUCAACGGAAGAAUUUUUUGAAGGUGCCAAUAUUGGUAGAAGCGAUAAUUUGGAGCAUUUGGAUCUUCCGGAAGACGAAGAGAGAUUGAUAGCAAAAUUUGUUGCUUGCGGUGAUUUAAAUGAUGUUGAUUCAGAUGCAACAUAUACUUUGGAUACAAAUUUUAAGAAAUUGGCCUUGGAUCCUGUUCAAAUGCCAACCGCACCUCCUUAUAAAAAGGCAUUAGAGAUGAAGAGAAGGGGUGAUUUGGUGAGAAGAUGA